GACAGUAACCUUGGACUCAAGCAUGGUCACGAGGGCAGAUGGGCAGUGCUGAAGACCCGACCUGGCUCCAGCUGCUUCGAAAGGACUCCAGUGCCCCAGGACCCCAGCCCACAGCCCUCUGCUGCCCACAGGAUGGGAGCCUGGGGGAUGGGGGUCCGGCCAUGAAGGAUUGCUGCCCCUCCCCACAAAAGGCCAGCCCUGCACCCCCCAGGCACACCCCUGACCAAAGCCCAGGCAUGGACUCUAGACACAGAAGCCCUAGUGGGGCUGGGGAAGGGGCCUCCUACCCUGAGGGCCUUGGUGGGAGCUUGGCCUACCCCUCCCCAACCUGUAUCUCUCCCCAAGAGGCAGCCUCCAAGGAGACAUUGGGAGCCCGUGGAGCCCUGAUCUCGGGGACACUAGAAACCACCUUGUCUGGGAAGUCAGAGCCCGUGUCCUCAGUGAAAAUUCAUCCCACAUCCUCAGAGAACAGAAAUCCUGUGUUCUUGGAGAAGAUGGAUUCCAAGUCCUCAAAGCCGGCACAGUCCACUUCCAUUGGAAAGGCAGAUACGGGGUCCUCGGGGGACGCAGAGUCUACGUUCACAGGGGAGGCAGAGUCUGCAGUCUUGGGAGAAGGGGGUCCUGUGGCUCCCAGGAAGAUAGAUCCCAUGACCCCAGGAAAGGAAGAUCUUGGAUCCUUGGGAAAAAUCGAUCCUAUGUGCAAGGUGGAUACAAUGUCCCCAAGGAAGGAGGAUCCUAUAUCCUCAGGCAGAAUGGCUUCUGUGUUCCCAAGAAAGGAGGAGCCCAGGUAUUCUGGAAAAGAACAUCCUGUGUCCUCAGAAAAGAUGGGUCCUACGUCUGUGGGAAAAGUAGAUCUUGUGUCCUUGGGAAAGAGAGAUCCUGAGCCUUCAGGAAAGUUGGACCCUGUGUCCUCGGAAGACACAGAUUCUGCAUCCACAGUAAAGACAGAUGCUGGGCUCCCGGGAGGGCCGACUCCAGGGUCGCCAGGCAAUGUUGAGCAUGUGUCCCCUGGAACGGUGGCUCCUGGGUCCUCAGCAAGGGUGGAUCCUACAUGCUUGGGGAUGGCAGAACCUGCAUCUAUGGGAAAUGUAGAAACUGUGUCCUCCACAAAAGAGGACACUCGGUUCCUGGGAAUCACAGACCCUGUCUCCUCAGGAGAGGGGGGUCCCGUGUCUACAGCAAUGACAAAAACUGUGUCUGCUGGACAUGCAGAUCCCAUGUCUUCAGGAAAGACACAUCCUACAUCUUUGAAAAAUGUGAACCGCCUGUCUUCAGACAAAGUGGAUCCCAGGUCCUCGGGAAAGCCAGAGCCCUUGUCCCCUGGGCAGGCAGAAUGUGUGUCUGUAGGAAAGACAGAAACGGUGUCCUCAGGAAAAGAGGACCCAGUGUCCUCCAGAAGGGAGGAUCCCUUAUCUGUGGGAAACAUAAAAACAUUACCGUCUGAGAAAGUGAAUCCUGACUCUUCAGGAAAGGCAGAGCCUGUGUCCGCAGAUCCGGGGAAUCCCAAGUCCUUGGGGGCAGCAGGUCCCCCAUCUGAAGUGAAAGCGGAGGCAGUGACUGGGGGGAAAGGAGAUCCACUGUCCUCGGAGAAGGCAGGUCCUGUGGCCUCCGGAAAGGUGGGUCCCACAGCCUCAGGGAAGGCUGAUGCCCUGGCCUUGCGCAAGGUGGACCCUGUGGGCAGGGGAAAGGCAGACAUUGCCCCCUCUGGAGAAGUGAGCUCCUCCGUGGCUUUAGGUAAAGUGGUCUCCACAACUCCAGGAAAAGCCGUCCUGGUGUCCUUGGGGAAGGCGGAUCCAGUGUCCUUGGGAAAAGCAGAAGCUAUCCCAGAGGGAAGGGUAGCUGCUCUGCCUCUAGAGAAGGAGAAUCCUGUCAACUCCACAAAAGAUCCCAGGGCCUCAGGGAAAGCAGAGCCCAAGUCUGGGGUCACAGCAGAAACGAAGCUCCCUGGGCAAGAGGGUGCCGCGUCAGGAGAAGCAGAGGCUGUGUCUUUGCAAAAGGAGCCGCCUCGAGCCUCAGAGAAGGUGGAUCCUGGAUCCUCAAAAAAAGCAGACCCCAUUGCCUCUGGGAAGAGAGAGCCGGUGCCCCUGGGGCAGGCCGACUCUGCAUCUUCCAGAAAAGCGGAGCCCCAGUCCUUGGGGAAGGUGGCCCCCCUGAGUCUGGCCAAGUCCAUCCCCUCCUCCAGGCAGUCGGAUGGCAAACCCUGCGGUUCAGCCCUGUCUCCCGAGGGUGCCGGGAGCAGCAAGGAUCACGUGGAGCCGGAGCCGGAGCCCGUGCCCAGCGCCGAGGCCUCCACCCUGGGCCAGAAAGACCUGGCAGCCGCUGGGGCUGAGAAAAGCCCCCGCCCAGAGGCCGCAACGCCCCCACCCGGGCCGCGGACUCGCGACAACUUCACCAAGGCGCCGUCGUGGGACGCGAGCGCCCCGCCCCCGCCGCGCGAGGACGCGGGCACUCAGGCGGGCACGCAGGCCUGCGUCUCGGUGGCCGUGAGCCCCAUGUCUCCGCAGGACGACGUGGGGUGCCCGGCUUUCAGUUUCCAGGCGGCGUCCCGUGCUCCCAGCCCGGCGCCCAGGCCGCCCUCGCGCCGCGACGCGGGCCUGCAGGUGUCGCUGGGCGCCACUGAGACGCGCUCCGUGGCCACCGGGCCCAUGACUCCGCAGGCCGCAGCGCCGUCCGCCGCGCCGCCCGCCUUCCCCGAAGUGCGGGUGCGGCCCGGCUCGGCGCUGGCGGCCGCUGUGGCACCCCCGGAGGCAGCCGAGCCCGUGCGCGACGUGAGCUGGGACGAGAAGGGCAUGACGUGGGAGGUGUACGGCGCCUCCAUGGAAGUGGAGGUGCUGGGCAUGGCCAUCCAGAAGCAUCUGGAGCGACAGAUCGAGGAGCACGGCCGCCAGGGGGCGCCCGCGCCGCCGUCGGCCGCCCGAGCGGGCCCGGGCCGUGCGGGCUCAGUGCGCGCUGCGCCCCGCGACGGCGCCGCCAAGCGCCCGCCCGGCCUCUUCCGCGCGCUGCUGCAGAGCGUGCGCCGGCCGCGGUGCUGCUCGCGGGCGGGACCCACGGCCGAGUGAUCUGCCCCUUUUAUACGCCCGGGUUUCCAACCUUCUCAGGCUCCCUUCCUGGCCCCAGGCCCCUAUAAGGGGUCGCC